AUGUCUAAACACCGAUGGCUCGGUGGUGGGAGCUCAGGGGAGUACGGCGGUAGGGGGGGUGAUCAGGGACGAAGUGGGACGAUUUGUGAGGGCAUUCUCAGCUAA